AUGCCUCGUGGAGGCGCGUGUAACACAGUGCCUCUCGAUUCACCAUAUCUUGGCGUCGCUGCUGCAUCACGACGCCUCUCUAGCAUCUUGGAUGGAUCACCUUAUCCGAUUGCAAGACACAAAGAGGAUGAAGAUUUAGUGUAUUGGGCAGUUGAUUUGUCUUCUGAACAAGAACACGGCGUCGUUUUGAAGUUGGGAAGUAAGAAGCUCUGUUUCUUUGAGGUUAGGACAUUAAUGGUAGCUGCUGAUUGGGAGGAUCAACAAGCUAUGGAUGAGUUAGCUAUUGCAGGACAUGCGAGAGCAUUGCUUGAGUGGCAUAAAGUGUCACGCUUUUGUGGAGCUUGUGGAGGUUUAACUGUUCCAAAAGGAAGCUGGGAGAAGAAAACAAUGCUCAAAUGA